CUGACAAGAGUUAAAGAACUGUACGGAUACUAACUGUUCUAUUUAGAGACAGAAAGGCGAUCUCCUACUGCUUAUAUCUACUCCCCUUGGGGUAGAUCCGAGCAAUACCCUCUUUUCCCUUGCGUUUGUUGUUUGAUUUUCUUUGUUUUAGCUAGGAUUUAGAUGUUUUUUAGAUUUAGUUUUGGGUUUCACCCAUCCUUGCCGACGGCAAGUUAUCUUCGUCUUCAUGGCGAUUGCCUUUGUGCUCUUAGAGCAUCCUAUCUCGACUUCAAUGGUCGUUUUAUGUUGGGUUUACAAGGUUUCAAGCACAUCUCCGGUGAUCUCCGGUUACCGAAAACUUCAUCGGAAAAUUCAAGAACAAAAGCAAAUCACUCCUUCUAUGGAGUAUCUCUUUCUCAAGAAGAAGAAAACUAUCAAAAAUGGUGGAUUUACAAUCCGAAAACCAUUUCUCUACCGAUUCAAUCGGUUCUCUAUUUAUACUUGUUUCCGGUCUUUUACCAAUUUUCUUCCUCUUUUCUUGUUAGAAUAGAAGAAAAAAAAAACUAGAGACGGAAAAACUAACAACACACACACAGAAAGGACUUGGAGCAGACACAGGUGAAAGAAAACUCUUGUACUACUUCCAACAUUAGGGCUUUGACCAGAAGUCCAAGUCAGUUGAGAAGGUCACUUCAUCUGUCCAUCCCCAAGAAAAAGCUCUCCUCCCUAGAAGCAGGCAGCCACAAAAAAAAAAAAAAAUGCUCUACAAAGUACAAUGCUGUUGGUUAAAGGAAGCUGCAUUAGAAGAAGAGUCUUCUCAAGUUUCUGCACUUAAAAUCCCUAGCUCCUCUCAGUCGCUCGCUAAAGUUUAGAAGGUGAUCGAGCUAACAAUCUAAAGGUGUAAUUAACUCUGAGGUCAACCUCUUCUCUUGUUCCAGUUUUGGUCGAUGACAUGAACUUCUAUCGAGCUUGAACAUCAGCAGUGGCUUUUCUAGGAACUUGGGCAUUCAGCAUCAUGAAUAUCCCAAUAACACCAAAGUUGCCUGUACUUGCAAAGUUAAAAUUUGGGGUGAACUGUGUUCGAUCGUUUACCCAAUGGUUAGCGACGCCCUAUUGAUUUGCGGAUGAUUCUCAACAUGAGUAUGACUGAAAGCACAUCUCAUCUCGGAGAUCUAAUUGGCAGUAAUAUGGUGUUGGAUGGUGAAACUUUUGAUGAUUUUGAGAUAGAAGAUUGUGAUACUACCAGCAGACAAGACAAUCAACUUGUAGAAUUGACUGUAGAUGUGGGACCUUCAGAACCAUGUAUAGGCAUGGAGUUCAACUCGGCAGAUGAUGGUAAAGAUUAUUAUGGUGCUUAUGCCAGACGUAAUGGUUUCACUAUUCGUGUUAACCGUAAGCGAAGAUCUCGUAUAGAUGAAGCUGUUAUUGGGUUUGAUUAUGUAUGUUCUAAAGAAGGUUUUCGUCCAAAGAGAUGCCUAGGAGAAGAUAGAACUAUUCUACUGUCGAAGCAAUCAAGAGCAGGGUGCAAGGCAAUUUUAGUCAUUGCUUACAGGAGGGAAAUUAAGAAAUGGGUUGUCACAAACUUCGUUAGAGAGCAUAAUCAUGACCUAAUGGGUCCUGCAGAGGUUCUAGUGAGACGAUCAUCGGUGAAGGCGUCAACUGAGGAUGCGAAGGAUAAAAGAAUUCGGGAACUAACCUCAGAACUCUACAAUGAGAGACAAAGAUUCCAAAGACGGUGCUCAGCAUAUGAAGAACGUUGUGCAGCUUAUAAAGUAAAUUUCGGUAAGAUUUUAAAGGAUAUUGAGCUACACUCAGAACACCUAUCUGUUAGUGUUUCAAACAUCCUUCAGACCAUAAAAGAGGUUGACGAUGAACAUUGAAAGACCCACACAAACCCCAGCUGCUAGUCUUUUUAUAGUAGUUCUCUGUUGUAAUAUAUUUCCAUUUUUAGUUUCUAGUUCUCCUCUCGCUGUAUGUCAUCACUAUUGUAUUUGCUCUAUAUCUUCUUAAGUAUUUAGCUUGAUCAA